GCCCUAGUAGUUGAAAGGGUCUAACCCCUCCCAAUCAUCCACGUCUUACAACUGGUUUGCCGCCUCGCUCCAGUGUUGAGUGUUAAACAAGCAGAGGGGCAAAGAAAAUGGUGGACAAAACUAAAGGAAGAAAAGAGGAGGUGGUUACCAGGGAGUAUACCAUCAACCUCCACAAGCGCUUGCAUGGCUGCACUUUCAAAAAGAAAGCUCCUAAAGCCAUUAAGGAGAUCAGAAGAUUUGCACAGAAAGCCAUGGGGACAACAGAUGUCAGAGUGGAUGUGAAGCUGAACAAGUACAUCUGGAGCAGGGGGAUCCGAAGUGUCCCAAGACGUGUCAGAGUUUGUAUCGCUCGCAAAAGGAAUGAUGAUGAGGAUGCGAAAGAAGAGCUUUACUCUCUUGUUAAUGUUGCAGAGAUCCCACUUGAAGGGCUGAAGGGACUGGGUACCAAGAUUAUUGAAGAUGAUGAAUAGUCUAUUACAUUUGACUGGAAUGAUACAUUAAAGUUUUUGUUACUUUUCUUCGUCCAUGAGAUGGAUUUGGUUUUUUCACAGUUUAUUCUGUUCUUAAAUUACCAGAGUGCGUGGCUUAUUCAGAUGAUGUUGCUGCAAUACAUGUUUUUUGGCUAGGAAGCUGCAAGUUUUGAUGCUUUGUCCUUGUCAAGCAAUUCUCUUUCAAUGCUGAGUUUAAGUUAUUUUCUGUGGCUGCCGAACUGGGACUUUUUUGCUGUAUAUGCUGCCAGUUAUGUUUGGAAUGCAUCUAGAACCAAAGCAACUCAGGAUAUGCACUUUUAUGCUCAAGCGAGCCUAAUAGAGUUGAACAGCGGCUUUGAUUGGUUACUUCGAAGGCCGAAUUCCAAGCGAGAGUUUGUUAAAUCUGAGCUUUGAGUGAGCAUCUUAAAUUUUUACAUGUAAAUUUCAAGUUCUAUGCUUAUUAAGCCAAGUUAAAGCUGA